GAAAGAGAAGAUCUUGGUUUCAGAGAAGAGGAUGAGUCACUUUUAGGUGAUGUCACUGGUCAAGACAUGGCUACCACCUGGGGGAAGCAGCAGUCAAUCCAGAAUAAAACAAAAGCACACAACCAGAAUGUAAACAUUGGUGUAGCUGAUAUUGCAGAUAACAAUUCUGAUAAUGAAGAAUGUUUUGAUGAGGAUAAAGAGGACAACUGGCCUGUUCUCCAUGCGGAUGAUGAGGAUAUAAAAAACAAACCCACGGGUACGAAAAGCAUUUCUGCCAAUGAGUUAUGUGUGGAAAAGGAUGAUGAGAGAGAAUCCAAUGCUGGAAGGAGGACAAGUCUCCAUGCAGAUGUGAAGGGGGUAUAUAUCUAUAUAAAAACCAAGAAGAAUGAAAAUGAUGAUGAGAUAUACAAUCCUGGUGAAAAUGUCCCAUUCCAAGGUGUUUCAAAGGAUUCAUUAAGGGAAAGUAAAAAAAACAUACAUGAUGGGAUACUAAACAUAGAGGAUAUUAUUAAGAAGAUGAAACAAAAUAAGAAAGAUAAAGUGAAAGAUAAGAAAAAGACACAGCAUUUCUGUCAAUUCUGUGGAAUUGUCUACAAAUCAUACAAGUCGUGUGUUAAACAUGAACAAAAACAUAUAAAUCAAAAAGUGAUCACUAAACUGAAAAAAACACGAACAGAAAAGCGAGACUUUAUGUGUAUGUAUUGUGGUCAUACAUUUGCAACAAACUUGGCCUGUGAAGAGCACGAGAGAAUUCAUACAGGGGAAAGACCUUACAAAUGUCAGUUCUGUGAUAAGUCAUUUUACAUGGCUAGGAGUAAAGUGAGACAUGAAAACAUUCACACAAAUGAAAAGGUUUACUUGUGUUACUUUUGUGGCAAGAUAUUUAAUUCCAGGUCAAGUAAAGCAGAACAUGAGACUAUUCACACUGGAGAAAAACCAUAUAAGUGUCAGUUCUGCCAGAAAGCAUUCAGAAAUAGAUGUGAUGUGAAAGUCCAUGAGAGGAUUCACACAGGAGUAAAACCAUACAAGUGUCAGUUUUGUGAAAAAUCAUUUAAGCAAAAGAAUAAGCGCAAAAGCCACGAGCGAGUUCACACUGGAGAGAGACCAUACAAGUGUCGGUACUGUGAAAAGGCCUUUUCACACAAUGUCAACCGCAGACUGCAUGAAAAAAAACACAGCUCACAGAACUUACUCUUAGUACAGGAAAGAACACACAGUUCAAAAAUUCACUCUAAAAUGAUUCUGCGCUUUUUAAAAAUACGAAUGCACUAUCGGAGACGAGUUGAUUCCCGUGUCAUCACUGACAAGGCCACAGUUCAGUUCAGUGUAUUCCUGAACUUGAGGAGUGAAGAAGAGGAUGUCAAGCCAGUAGUGGACCCCAUAGGUGUCCUAGAGGCCCAGGAAACCAUCCCAAACAACAUUUGCGAAAGACCUGUGAAGAAACCGAGAAGAGGGAGGGCCAGUGUAUUUACCCUAGAGGAGCAGAAGGAGAAGAAGAAAAUAGCAAACAAGGAAAGGCACAGGAGGACAAUAUUUCUUGGCAAACAGGUGGAAAGAUGGGAAGCUUUGAAAGAGGAACUGCAACCCAAAUCAAACGAACAUCUGGCCAAACAUCUCAUCGACACAUACCACAAAUAUGUAAAACUUGUGUCCCAACAAAAUACAGAGGCUGAUUGCGCAGAUGAUUUGCUCAAUUCAAAACAGCCAUCAAGGAGGAGAAAAAAUGCAUCACCCCGUAGACUGAACUCAGUUUCAAGUGUGCACUCAGGAGGGAAGCAAGCCUCAGAACUUGACAACCUUAAAAGUCAAACCAAAGCAGAGGACAAAUCAUAUGUAUUUGGAUAUAGUGAUGAAAAACUCCCCAUGGCAAACACUCCUGGAGCCUUUUUGAACCUUGGAGGAAAAACUGAAGGAAAAACAACAGAAAUAAAAGGUGAAAAGGACAAAGUGGGGUUUAGCAGUUUAAAUCAAUGUCAGUCAUUUGAUGAUGGUAAAGUUUCUGACUUGGAAGAAUUUAACAAUGAUGACGCUGAGUUAGCUGAUGAUGAUGAUUCUGAGACAUCAAGUGAUGAAAGUGAUAAUGAACAAGAAGAUGAUGAUGAUGAUGAUGUUUAUGAACCUGGAGAUGAUGAUUAUGAACCAGGCACUUAUAAAUGUGAAUUCUGUGGUAAACAAAUUCCUAGGUCAUCCUUUGCACGUCAUAAAAAAACUCACAAGAAUGAUGGAAAUCUUCAGUGCAAGGUUUGUGGAUGUUAUUUCACUACUAAAGAAGAGUUGAAGAAUCAUGAACAUAAGAAAGAAGUGGCACAUGUUUGUCAGUUUUGUGGGAAAUUAUUUAAGCAGUACUUCAUGUGUGUGAAACAUGAAAGGGAACACAAACAAAGUGAAGUUGUAGAGAAAGAGGUAGAGAAACCCUUCACCUGUGAAACUUGUGGGAGGUGUUUCCAGCUCAUCGGACAUUUGCGACAUCAUCAGAGAAGUCACAGAGUUAAAGAUUUAUUCCAAUGUCAGUAUUGUAUAAAAACGUAUAAAAACAAGGAUUGCUUGGUGGUGCAUGAGAGGACGCACACUGGAGAGAAUCCCUUUGUUUGCCAGCAUUGUGGUAAGGGCUUUGCACAAAAAAUUCGCUGUCAACAACAUGAAAGGAGUCACACAGGAGAACGACCAUAUAAAUGUCGAUACUGUGAAAAGACAUUUGCAACAUUAAAUGUACGAUAUUUUCAUGAAAAGACUCACAGUGGUGAAAAACCCCAUCACUGCAAGAUCUGCUUCAAGGGAUUCACUCUUAAAAGACAAUGUAGACGACAUGAAUUAAUUCACACUGGAGAGAAACCAUUUAAGUGCGGUUAUUGUGAGAAAACUUUUGUGCAGAAAGGUGCAUGUGUCAGCCAUGAGAGGGUUCACACAGGAGUUAAACCAUACAAGUGUCGCUUCUGUAGCCAAGGCUUUUCACACAACGUGAGUCGUAAGUCACAUGAAAAAACACAUACUGCAACUGGUCAGAUGGCGACCAAGGAGAAAGCUGCCCAAAGAAAAUCUUGCGCAUCAGCAGGGCAGACUGUGUCUGCCGAGUCCAUGAUGCAGGAAAAUAAUUGCACUCAAGUAGGAGAACUGCCAUUGGCUGAAAGAAUGCCCCAGCGACCUGGUCUGAGUGGACCUUCUGCUGGGCAGUUCAUGACACUGGACAGAAUGACACAUGGCAAUGGUCACUCUGCAGUAGGACAGGUGAUGCCCCUGGACAGAAUGACUCAUGAAAAUACACAACUUUCACUUGGACAACCAGGGUCAGUUGAACGUACAAUGUAUCAAUAUUACGGAAUGUAAAAAUUGAUAUAUGAAAUAACUUAGACUGGUGAAAAAAAAAAAAUAAGUUGGAGGUACCCUGCUUAUGUUCGCAUCCUGUUUUAUUUUUUACUUUCAUAACUGAAAUGAUUUUGAAUGCUUUUUAAGUAGGUAUACGUAUAACUUUGAAACAGUAGGGCAAGAAAAUGAACAACAUCAACAGUUGUGCAGGCAUGUGCAUGCUGACUUGAAACUGAUGGAAUGGAAGUUAGACUAGUUCACGAUUGUCAUUUCCAAUGAACUACUAGAUAAUUUGGAGUGUUUGAAAACAAGAGUUGAUUACUGAAGGGUUGAGUGGUGAACUAGUUUGGUAGUUAGGAGCAAAAGUUGGUGUUUUAAGUUUCUUGUUUGUUAACUCUUUGUACAAGACUUCCACCAGAUCACCAGUUCUUGCAUGGACAGUGCAUAUUCGGUAAUUGAGAAUAUUCAGGUAUUCAUAAUUGAGAAAAUCAUUAUCUUGUACACUUGUUUUUGAGUUCUUGCAUGGACAGUGCAUAUUCGGUAAUUGAGAAUAUUCAGGUAUUCAUAAUUGAGAAAAUCAUUAUCUUGUAUACUUGUUUUUGAGUUCUUGCAUGGACAGUACAUAUUCAGUAAUUGAGAAUAUUCAGGUAUUGAGAAAAUCAUUAUCUUGUAUACCUGUUUUUGAGUUCCAAAUUUCUAAUUUUUGAAGUUCAUCAGAGAAUUACUAGCCUCUAAAUGGGAAUCCUGUUACCUUGGUAAUUUACAUGUGAGCUAUCAUAUACCGUUUCUGUUUCAUGUAAUAAUCAAUAUCAUGUUUA